UGUUUCGAGGAAAGCGUUCUUCAGUUGCUGUUGUGAUUUCCUCGCGGUCAAACGCGGUCUCGGAAAAGCUCGUGCGGUUUGGACUAGACUUUGGGAUCUUAGACAACUUUAAUGUGUUACUGUUUAAAAAUUGUGUUUCUGUAGUGGUUGUACAUUGCUUGAAAAUCCAUCCGCACGAAAUGGUAGAAAAUUCAAUUCUGAACAAUUAAGUUAAAGAACUAAGUUGUAUUAUUUCAGUUUAACUACUUUUACUGCUAAAGGCGAAACAGUGAAAAGGUUGAAAAAGUGAUGAAAAAACUAAAUCUUUCUUUUUCGUGGUUUUGUUUUCGGGCAUCUGGCGGCUGUGGUGGAGUGGACAAAAAAUAACCAUAUAUUCGGUGUCAUGUUGUGUUAAAAACCUUGUGGUGAAAUGGCAAAACAGUGCAUACACAGCGGAUUUUUUUGAGUCUCCCGACUAUUAAAAGGUAUUUACGAAAAAAAUCAAAACCAAGCAAACCUUUUUCUCGUAAGUGAACAAAGUGUAGACUAAUAAAUAGGAGAAAUGCUCAUUAUCGUAUAAAGAUAAACUUGCCACAUCAGCAUCUAUUACUAUCCUUUCGGUGUGAGGCAACCGUGACCUUUCUGAUCGCGAAAGUCCACGUUAGCGUCGCCGUCAACCGACACCGAUGAAAGUAGUGUAAAGUUCGCACACUUGACCGAGAGACCUUUCGGCUGACGGUGCUGGGGGCACUGUAGCGAAUAGUGUGAGCUUACGGAGCCACAGCAGAACGGCCACCGAGGCGGGCAGAUCCACCGAGGUAUGGCACCUUGGCCACCUCCAGCGGCAACCACGUGCAGGGCCACUCCGCCGAUGACGACCGGCCUAAUGAAAGCAAAUUUAUUCAUUGCCAUCAACCGGAUCAUCUUCAGUUCCUUCAGUAGUGCCGUCUUCGGAAUAGGAACAUCCUUUCUGUGGGCAACGGCACCAUCGACUGGUUCCGGUAGCGGUUCCAGCUUCAUCGUGGUGGACUGUGCCAUUCGACUGACGCAGCGAAACAAUCAUGCCAACAUUUCCGAACUGCUGGAUAAUCUAUUGCGAGGAUAUGACAACAGCAUUCGGCCGGAUUUUGGCGGGCCGCCAGCUGUGAUUGAAGUCGACAUUAUGGUGCGAAGCAUGGGACCAAUCUCAGAAGUUGAUAUGACUUACUCGAUGGAUUGCUAUUUUCGGCAGUCUUGGGUUGAUCGACGGCUGGCCUUCAGCGGCACACAGGACACCCUGGCGCUCAGCAUUUCUAUGCUGGCGCGCAUCUGGAAACCGGAUACGUACUUCUACAAUGGAAAACAAAGCUACCUGCACACCAUCACCACCCCGAAUAAGUUUGUGCGGUUGCACCAGGACGGACGGGUGCUGUACUCCAGCCGGCUCACCAUCAAAGCGGGAUGCCCCAUGAAUCUGGAGGAUUUCCCGAUGGAUAUUCAGCGCUGCCCGCUGAAAUUCGGUUCAUUUGGCUACUCUUCGACCGACGUUCUGUACCGAUGGAACAGUGACCGCUCGGCGGUGGCCAUCGCAGAAGACAUGAAGCUGUCCCAAUUCGAUCUGAUAGACUGCCCGGCGGGAAACGCUACGGACCGGGUAGUCCACAGUACGGCUUCGGCGGGUGCGGCCGUGCUAAGCACCGUGGAUGAUGUGAACGAAAUGGAUCCCGACAGCAAGCUGUAUGUUUCGGAAUAUUCAAUGCUGUUGGUGAGCUUCCAUCUGCAACGUCACAUGGGCAACUUUCUGAUACAGGUGUACGGUCCGUGUGUGCUGCUGGUCGUCCUCUCAUGGGUUUCCUUUUGGCUAAACCGGGAAGCCACCGCAGAUCGUGUUUCCCUCGGAAUUACCACGGUGCUGACGAUGACCUUUUUGGGGCUGGAAGCUCGCACCGAUCUCCCGAAAGUUCCGUACCCAACAGCGCUAGAUUUUUUCGUCUUUCUUUCAUUUGCUUUCAUUUUUGCAACCAUCAUCCAAUUUGCCGUUGUUCAUUACUUUACCAAAUACGGUUCUGGGGAAUGUUACUUCAGCGCAGAGGAACUGAACUCCAGUUCAGACGAGGAUAGCGACUUGGACUGUGUCACCGAAGACAGCGUGCAUCUCCAUUCGAUCAGAAUCAGCAGCGAUUCAUCGAGGCACUGCUCGGCAGUAACUUCGAUUAGUGGAAGCGGCAAGGCAGAUUCGAAGGUGAUUGAGGUCAUUCCACUUUCGAUAUGCUCAUUUCCAGUUACACCCGUUCGGAAGAGCGCUAAAUCAUCUUGGGCAGACUUGUCCUGUUUCAGCGGGAAAGACGAAGAAACACCAAAUUUUGCCAACUCCUCGCUAUCGACUCCUACGGCUACCGUCAAGCGGAACUCUAUUCCACUGCUCGGUGGAGGAAACGUAUCCAAUGCAUCGCAACCCCAUCAUCAUCGUCGCCGGAAACGGAGAAAACGCACGCCACGUUUCAACUCCGUCUCCAAGAUCGACCGCGCUUCGCGAGUAUUUUUUCCGUUACUGUUCCUAGCGAUAAACUUGUUCUAUUGGUAUUUGUACCUUUCACGAAGCGAAAGAUUACCGCAACAGCAUAAAAUGUAAGCAACGGUCAAUCAAAUUUUAUGUGUUCAUGUUCUGAAAGGAAACUUAGUGCAGUUUCAGGCCAAGCUAGUAUCAAAACAAAACACAGAUUGAUAUAGAUGAAUAACAUUUCAAAAACAAUAAAAAAUGUAGACAAAUAUGAAUGUAUUAAUAAAUGUUACCGACCGUAGCACCAAUGAAUAAAACAUAAAAAGAGUUAAUCUAUAUAGUAGUGCAUUUCUAUCUGCCGGAAGCAGCGACAAUUUAGCGUAGCAUACAACUACAAUAAUGUAGAUUUCAGUGGGACCAUAUACGCUUUUUCGACGAUAGGUGGCUGCAGGGUGUACGGAACAAAGAUGUGAAGGGAUGCGUGUUGGAAUGACAAACUUAAAAAAAAACAAUGCAUGUGAUAGACGUAUACUAAAAUUAUUGAGCCCCACUGCAACAUUGUCAAACGUUUGAUGAAUAGUAAAAUAAAGCAAAACAA